UAUUGAUGGCGGUCUCGUUUUAUAAAAAGAAAUACACAUUUUAUUUACCAAAAAUUAUUAUAUUAAUUUGUGUACGAAAUUAAAGUAUCAAAUAAAAUUAAAAUCUACCCACAGUCUUAAAAUCCAGAAGAUCCUAACCUUUCAUUGAACUUUUCACUUUGUGCCUGUGUCCAAAAACAGUUCGCAUUUCUCGUCACUGGGGCACAUUGAAGAGAACUCAACAAACGGACUCAAUCGAAAAAACGAAGCUCCGAGGAGAUUUGUUUGUUUUUAUUUUCACGAAUUCUGAAAAUCUUACCCGGAAUCGGAUCGGAACUACUUCAAGAAUUCCGUGGAGAGGUGUUCUACGAAAAACCGUUAAAAAAUUGCUUAUUUUUCCAACCGAAAAUUAGAUUUUCGUUUUAGAAUUCACAAAUAAAUUCAUAGAAAUGGACAAUUAUGGCGACAUGCUUGUCGAGGAUCUCAUUGAGUGUGAUGUGGAAGAAACAGAUGGAAGUACUCAUGCCGUCUGGACAGAGCAAGCUCUCGAUUUAUUCAUGUCUCAGUUGCAUAACGUCAAUAGACACGCAUUCUCCAGUGAGAGUGAAAUGCUUCAGGUUGUUACCAACAAAAUGGCUCAUCGGAACUUCAACUUCACCCUCGAGCAAAUAGAGCACAAGUUCAACAGUCUCAGAAAGAUGUACAUUGAUAAGAGGGAAAGGAAACAAGCAGUUGAGCCAGAACUAAUCAAGUUGUUUGGAGACAUUAAUCCGACGACAUCUUCAAAAAGGCCACGUUCAGAGGAAGCCCAACACUCGCCCAAGAAAUCUAAAAUAACGAUUAUUGAUGAUAGUUCUAAUUCUCCACAACAAAACAACAAAUCCGACGAAGACAUCACCUAUGAUGAAAACGGUAAAAUCAAAAUGAUCUGGUCCACUCAAUCAAAUAGAUUCUUCCUCGACUUACUCGAAGAGCAUCGACCACUUCUCGGUACAAAGUUCCGCACGAAAAAGCAAAUGUGGGAGGAGAUUUCUCGCAGACUAAAAACACGAGGUUUCCAUCUAACAUGGUCUCAAGUCGAGAAUAAGUGGAAAUACUUGGUUAGACAUUAUCGUAGUCGCUUGGAAAUGUUACGGAACAACGAAAACACUGCCUCAAAGUCUCUUAGCAAAAGUGCAUUUCCAGAACUUUUCAAAGCCUCAUCAAAAUCACCAAAACAGCCACAACCACCGGCACCGAGAAGAAGUAAGCAAGAUGAUUUAAAAAUUAGUUUUGCCAAUGAUCAAAAGCUACCAUUCGAUGAUGAUGAUGACGACGAGGACGAAGAUAACGAUGGUCUUGAAGAGAACCCAUUUCAUUUCGAAGAAGCAUGCCCGGUGCCUGAAGUCGACAUAACUUCAGCAAACAAUUUCGAUCCAGUACAAAUUGAUGUUAAACCAACUCCAACGGAACUCGAUUCUUCUGAUAGCACAUUCUCAAAACUUGACAAAAUCGUAAAGGAAUUGAACAAUUUCCGAAAAGAUUCACGUAAAUAUCAAUUAGAUUCGUUGGCGAUUAAAAAACAAGAAUUGGAAGCGUACAAAGAACGAACGGAGCAAUUUAGUAAAAUUGGUGAAACACUCAAUGAGUUGCUGGCACACAUGAGGAGCAGAGAUGGACAUUUUUAGCUUUUGUCCUUUCUUUUUAGGUUCCUAUUUGUAUAUUUAUUGCUAAUCAUUUUUAAGAUAAGGUUUUUCAUGCUUGUUUCAUAAUGAUAAACAAAAUAAAAAAUAAAAAUAAAUAAGAUUAUUUA